AUGCGCUCACAACCUGUCGGCAAUUUUGUGAUUCUUCGACGCCUCAAAUCAAUCUUCGACAGAGAAUGGACCGAGUCGCUACCAGUUGGAGUCUUUCUCAUUCGCCACCCUGAAGGUAUCUUCCUCUUCGAUACCGGGCAAUCUCCUUGUUGCAACGACGCGGGAUACUUCCCACGACUUGCUAUCUUCAACGGCCUUCUCAGUCGAUUCACGAUAACGCAUCAAGAUGGUAUUCUGGAACAGCUUCACAGGCGUGGAAUAAAAGCGACUGAUCUCAAAGGUGUUAUUAUGAGUCACCUCCACAAUGACCAUGCGGGUGGACUAGAGGACUUGGUUGCGGAAGCACCGGAUUUGCCUAUCUACAUCAGCCAGGAACAUUGGAAGGCAUUUGGAGAACACCCGGUCUUUGCCAGUAUGGAGGGCGCUACCCCGAAUCACUGGCCGAAAGAAUUCUCCCCGAGAAUUGUUGAUCUUCAGAACAAACCGCUUGGGCCCUGGAAACAGUCAUACCCUCUGACAGAGGAUGGAAGAAUUGCGAUGGUGGAUACUUCAGGUCAUGUCCCUGGGCAUGUUGGUCUGGUAGUGUAUGGCGACGGCCCCAAUCAAACCAAAGUCACAUAUUUCCUCCCUGGCGACGCAACAUAUGGCUUGGACUCCUUGGAUAAAGAGGCGCCGGAUGGUAUUAACGAUGAUCCCAUGCGCGCACAACAGACUUUGAAGACCAUCAAAGAGUUUGCCAGAGAGACUGAUUUGGUCGUCUUGCCCAGUCAUGAUAACGACACACCUCGCUUACUUGCCGAGCGAGUCGUCUACCUACCCAGUGACCCAAAGUGA